GUUAACCUUCGAUAACUGUUUAGUCCAGGAUAAUACAGCAGGAGGCUCAUUUAAUAUUAUAGCCAGGUUACUGUUUGACUCAAGGCUUUGAAGUAUUGAAUCGUUACACUUUAUUAGUUGUCUGAGAGUUAGUUCAGUCGAUAUUUCACGAAUUACCUUCGCAAGAUAGUCUCAAGAUGGGUAAAAGAAAGAUAAAUCAAGUUACUUUCAACCCGGUUGACGAAAUCCAUAACAUCGAGGCUCGUUCAAGCAGCGAAGAACAAAAUGGUCAUAUAGAGGCAGCUGAAAGACGAGCAGUGGAAAUAGAACGUAAGUCGGACGAAGCCAGCGAGGAUGAGGAAGAAGAAGACGACGACGAUGAUGAAGAAGAGGAAGAAGAAGAGCAAGAAAGCAAACAUCAAAGUGGUCCCCCAAGUAAAAAACAAAAGAAACAGUUGUCAGCACAGGAUAUUCAAGUGGCUCGAGAGACUGCCGAGUUAUUUAAAUCUAAUAUUUUCAAGUUGCAAAUAGAUGAGUUAAUAACCGAAGUCAAGUUGAAAGACGGCCAUGUUAACAAGAUUGAAAAAGUUCUUCACAGAUUACACGAUUGUAUUACGCAAAUUCCUCCUGCCACUGACCUUAGUUUGGAUGAUGUCAACAAAUUAUUUGAUUCCAAAAAACUUGUGAUCCCAUUCCCUGAUCCAAAACCAAGCAAGGUUAAUUACAAGUUUUCUUAUUUAUCUCCAGAAGAUGUCAGUCUUGUAGGAUCGUUCGGAUUAAAAACAGGGAUUUCCCAAGCCUCUGGAAGUUCAAUAGACAUUACCUUAACCAUGCCAAAAGAAUUAUUUCAACCAAAAGAUUAUUUAAAUUAUAGAGCAUUAUACAAAAGAGCAUUUUAUUUGUCUUAUUUGGCCGAUAACUUAAUACCCCUUUCUAAAAAAAAUAAUCUUCCAAUUAAAAUCUCCUAUAAAUUCUUGAAUGAUGAUGUAUUAUGUCCUGUCCUUAGAUUGGAAAGUAUUAAAACCGAUAACCCUGAAGACUUAUCCUUCCAUAAAACAAAAUUUACUAUAAAUUUAAUUGUUGGGUUCCCCUUUGGUGUUUUUGAUGCUAAAAAAUUAUUACCAGAUAAAAAUUGUAUCAGAGUUCAACAAAUUGACGACUCGAAAAGUCUUCCUCCAACUCCUAUUUACAAUUCCUCAUUAAUUUCACUGACUACAUAUGACUAUUACUUAAAAUAUUUAUACACUCACAAAAAAUCAACUGAAGCAUUUAAAGAUGCUUGCAUAUUAGGUAGAUUAUGGUUACAACAACGUCGUCUUGGUUCAUCAAUAAAUUCUGGUGGGUUCGGUCAUUUUGAAUUCGCCAUGUUAAUGGCUGCUUUGUUAAAUGGUGGUGGUGUCAAUGGUAAUAAAAUUUUAUUACAUGGGUUUUCAUCUUAUCAAUUAUUCAAAGGUACUAUUAAAUAUUUAGCCACUAUGGACUUAUCAUCAGGUUAUGUUUCAUUUUCAAGUUUAAUUGGUGAAAACAUUACCUCAAAAUAUAAAUCAGAUGGUUUUAAUGUACCAACUUUAUUUGAUAAAAACGUUAAAUUAAAUAUACUAUGGAAAAUGACUCAAUCUUCAUACACAAUCUUACAAAAACAAGCACAAGAAACUCUUGGCUUGUUGAAUGAUGUUGUCAGAGAUAGAUUUGACCCUAUCUUAUUACAAAGUUCCCAAAUUGAUCAAAUGAAAUUUGAUAUAAUUAUAAACUUGGAUAUUCCAGAAGAUGUUUUUGAUUCUUUUGGUCCUUUGGAAAAAAUCUCUUUUAUCACUUUUGAUAAUUUCGUUAAGCAUAAAGUGUAUUUGAUUUUGAAAAAUGCCUUAGGGGAUAGAAUCACUCAAUUAAGCAUCAAAAGUAAAAAAGCACAAUCAAAUUUUCCAAUUAAUAAAAGAAAACCCUCAAGUAUGAGUGAUAGUUUUUCUAUCGGUCUUAAAUUAAAUCCUGAUGAAUCAGAAAAAUUACUUACAAAAGGCCCAAAUAACGAAGAUGAACAAGCAGGAUUAAAAUUCAGAUCGUUCUGGGGUUCUGUGGCUUCCUUAAGAAGAUUUAAAGAUGGUUCGAUCCAACACUGUGUUGUUUGGUCAGUAAAUAACAGUGAACCAGUUGUAUUAACAAUCAUCAAGUAUGCUCUUGACUUGCAUUUUUCUAAUCAUAUUUCCGAUCAUUUAAAUUCUGAAAUUACCAAAUUCAAUAAUUUCUUACCAACUCCUUUAUUAGGAUCUGCUGCUCAAAGUGUCUCAUCAACAGUUAGUUUUACAAAUUUGAAAUCUUCUUUUGAGGAAAUGUCUAAAAUCUUGACUAAUUUAGAUCUACCAUUAAGUAUCAAAUCCAUCAUGCCCGCAUCGACUGGUUUAAGAAAUUCUUCAUUAUUGCAGCCUGUUCCAUUUGCUGCAUCAAAUCCAAAUUUCUGGAACCAGGUUGUCUUACAGUUUGAAACAUCAACUAGAUGGCCUGAUGAAAUAAGUGCUUUGGAAAAAACAAAAACUGCGUUUUUAUUGAAAAUUAAUGAAAAAAUUAAUUCCGAAACUAAUUAUAGUUCAUUCAUUACCAAAGACGACUCAGUUCCAUUUAAUGAAGAUAUUUGUUUACUAAAUAUAUUGACUCCAGAAGGAUAUGGAUUCAAAAUAAGAGUUCUAGCUGAACGUGAUGAGGUAUUAUAUUUGAGAGCUGUUAGUAAUGCAGAAAAACAAAAAGCUCUUGUUCAAGAAGUUUAUUUAAAGUUCAACCAGAAUUACUUAGGUUCAGUUAAACAUACCAGAACCGUUAGUGUAUUGGCACAUCAUUUCCCAUUCUACUCACCAACUGUUAGAUUAUUCAAACAAUGGUUAGAUUCUCAAUUAUUGUUACACCAUUUCAAUGAUGAAUUGGUUGAGCUUAUCGCAUUGAAACCUUUUGUUGACCCAGCUCCUUACAGUGUUCCAAAUUCAAUCGAAAAUGGAUUUUUACAAAUUUUGAACUUUUUAGCUAAUUGGAACUGGAAGGAAGAUCCAUUGAUUUUAGACUUGGUUAGAAAUAAUCCAGGUGAAGAUGAUUUUGAUUUAAGUGAUAAAUUAUCUAUUCAAGCCUACCAAGUUAUUCAAAAGAAUUUUGAAAAAAUAAGAAAGAGUGAUCCAUCUGGUAUUAAGACUCAGUUCUUUAUUGGUUCAAAAGACGAUCCUUCAGGUAUCUUAUGGUCCAAUGACCUUACUUUACCAAUUGCAAGUAGAUUGACAGCAUUAUCCCGUGCAGCCAUCAACUUAGUGAAGGCUCAAGGUAUAAACGAUGAUCAAUUAGACCUUCUUUUCACUCCUGCUUUGAAAGAUUACGAUUUUGUUAUUAAUGUUAAAACCACCGAUUUAACUGCUUCUUCAGGAAUUUUACCAGCCAACGCUUUUAAAAAUUUGAUUGGCUCCUUAACCUCAUUUGCAGAUGACAUCACAACUCUGUAUGACUUAAUUCAAGAAUUCGUUAAAGAAUUGAAUAAAAAAUUUGGUAACGCUAUCAUUUUCUCAACUAGAAAAUUCACCGGGUUAAACAAAAAUGGCUCAAAUGUGAUUGGCUGUGUUUUUAUUCCAACCAACUUGGCAAAGAAAAAGUUUAGAGUAAACUUAGGCUUGAACUUCAAACCAGUCGAAGAUAGCAAUGACGAAGUUAUAGUAAAUAAAGAAGCUAUCAUUCAUCAAAUCUCUCUUUUAGGAGGUGAUUUGAUCGAAAGUAUCAAAAGCAAAAAAUAG